GACCAGGUAUAGCAAUACAUAUAAAACGUAGAUACAUGCGCAAUUUCACUUUCCUGGUGAAGUCACUGCCCUAGUUUUAUCGAUGUGUGUCAAUAGAUAGAUAAAAGUUACUAACGAGGAAGAUAUAUAUGUAUAUUCUUAAAACACUAUGAUGGGAAAACCAAUAUACUUCGCGCUCUUUGAAUUCUGUGUCACUUUACUUGUAAUCGCUAAUGGUGUUGCAGGUAAAACUUGUGUUGUCUGUUCAUAUAUAGAAUUUAACAAAAUAACUGACAUUGCAAAGCAAGUCCUCAUGAACAGAAACAAUGACAAAUGCAAAGAUUUAACUCCUGAAGACAUCAAUCUUGAAAACCCCACUGCUCAAGAGUCAUCCAAAUUAGAAAAUUGUCCAGUACAUAGUAACCAGUACAUUGAUGUAUCUUGUGGCACUCUAAGUGGUUCAGUUAAUGUUACCCUUCUUGGAAAUGAAUCGAGAGUGACUAUAUUUCACCGUGGAUGUUUGAAAGUUGAGAAAGAUAGCCCAAAAAUAUGUGCUGAAAGGAUCAAUAAAGAAAUAGACAGGAGAUCAAACCUGGCUAUUAUAUUUUCUAGCAUUAGGACGUACACAAUUCGGUCAUUUUCAGUACGCAGGUGUAUCUGUGAUGAACAUAUUUGCAACGAGAAGUCUUUUGCCAGAAGUAUGUAUGCUUCAAGUAGUCUCCUACUUUUCGGUUUUACCAUUUCUGUGUUGUCUCAGGCCCUUAUCAAGGAUUAUUAAUUAAGUAGAGAACAAAAGAAAUUGUAAAUGCUUGUUUUUAAUUAUAUUUUGUUAACGCAAUUGGAUACUUUACUUUUAUAAGCAUUUUAUACUUGUUUAAAUAAAAUAUAAAUUCUUGUAAAUUUUUAGUAACAUGCAUAUCUAUCAGUCUGUCUGUAUAUUCAGCCAAUCAAACUAUUUAUCACCAAGUCAUUCAUGGAGUCCAACCAAAGAAAUAUAUUUCGUUGUAUUUCUCACCCUUGUAUCAAAAUGUGAAUUCAACAAUUACAAGAGCAUCUAUAUGAAAAUCAUUUCUUCAUAAUAUCAGUCUAAAUUGGAAGUUUAAUAAAGAAAAUGCAUAGAAAUAA